CACUUUAGUCGCGAGCUGUAGCGGUGGCGGCUCGCGCGGUUCGUACUUGUAUAUUAGCGCGGUUGUCGUUGUUGCGGUCUCGCUUGCUGCCGACGACCAGUGCGCGUAUCUCUGCGCGGCGUUUCAACCGUUCGGUGAAAGUGCGCACGCUUUUGAAUCUUUCCCGCGCGAACGAAAAGAUUAUUUUCGUGUCGAAUUGCGGCGCGUGUCUGGGAGCGGGAGAACGCAGACAGCGAGGCGUGCCUUUGUUGAACGACUCGACGACCACCACCGAUCGACCAUGAGAUACAAGGUAAACGAUCCGGAGAGCGCCGCCGACGACACGAGGAGAAGCUCGGCGCCGACCUCCUGGGAGCAGCAGCAUCAGCAGGACGAGAAGAGCGCGCGAGCCAAGGAAACGAAGCUAAUAAUCGUAGUUGGUCUGCUGGCCGUGGCGGUGAUUGCCCUCGUAAUCACGCUCACCCUGCAAAUCGCCGUGUUUGGCGCUGGACACGAGUACAAGGAGAUGUGCCAGACAGAGGAGUGCGUCAAGACAGCGGCGCGAGUGAUCGAGAGCUUGAACAAAAGCGUCGAGCCGUGCGACGACUUUUACAAGUUUGCCUGCGGCGGCUGGAUCGCCAGGAAUCCGAUACCCCAGAGCCAGACGUCCUGGGACCAAUUGAGUCGCUUGCGCGAGGAGUUGCUGAAGAAUCUGCGGAUCUUGCUCGAAGAGCCGGAUCAUCAAGACGAUCCCAAGUCUGUCAAGAUGGCGAGGACGUUUUACAGGACGUGCAUGGACACUGCGAGCGUCGAGGCGUUGGGUCUGGAGCCUAUCCUCGGUGUGUUCGACCGUUUGGGCUUGCCGAGGGAGCUGCCGAUGGACAACGGUAGCGCGCCGGAUUUGGAUCUGGCGCGUCUGUCCGGCGAGUUGAGGCGCAAUCUCGGCCUCAACUUUCUCCUCAACUUCCACGUGAGCGAGGACGUUCGGGAUACAACGAGGAAUCGCAUGAUGAUGGAGCAACUGACGUGGGGAUUCAGCGAGAACUACCUGCUCGACCCGGCGCGCUUCCGCACGGAGCUGCAGGAGUACAAGAAGUACAUCAAGGCGAUGCUGGCGCUGAGCGGAGCGGGCGAGCGGAGCGCCGAGUUCGCCGAGGAGCUGCUCGACUUCAGCACGUCCGUCGCCAAGAUUCUGUCGACGCCGGAGGAACGUCGAAGUGUCAAUCACCUGUUUCACGAGGUGUCUGUCGUCGAGCUCCAGCAGUUGACAGACAUGUAUGCCGCGCAGUGGAACUGGACGACCUAUCUGAGCAGCGUGUUCAACAGGACGAACGUGACAAUAUCAGCGGAGAAGGAUAGGGUGAUUGUGAUGGACUUGAACUAUCUGCAGAAGCUGCCGCAGCUGCUCGCCGCGACGCCUAGACCGAUCCUUGCGCGGGCGGCAUGGUGGAGCGUGUACUCGACGAUAGCCCCGCUGACGCUGCAGCGCUUCCGCGACCUGGGCUUCGAGUUCUCCCGCAAGGUGUUCGGCCUGAAGGAGAAGCUGCCACUGUGGAAGAGGUGCAGUGGCAACGUCAACUCGGAGUUCGGCAUGGCGCUCAGCUACGUGUACGUGAAGAAGCACUUCGACGAGGAAUCUCGUGAGAAGGCAUUGAAAAUGCUGAUGGACGUGCGCGCGGCUUUCGACAGCAUGGUGUCGGAACUGGAUUGGAUGGACGUGAAGACGCGGACCAAGGCACACAUUAAGCUGCACGCCAUGCGGCCGUUCGUCGGCUUCCCCGAGUGGAUCGCCGAGCGCGACCAGCUCGACAAGUUCUACAGCAACGCCAGCGUGCUGGAAGGUCGCCUGUUCGAGACGUACAUCAGGCUGACGGACAGGGACGUGAAGAAGCAGCUGAACAGCCUGCGCGAAAAGCCAGACAAGAACCGGUGGAUCAGCAGCGGCACCACUGUCAAUGCCUUCUACAAUACCAUUCUCAACUCCGUCACGUUCCCCGCCGGCAUCCUGCACCCUCCGUUCUACGGCAACGGCCUCGAAUCCAUAAACUACGGGGCGAUAGGCGCGAUAAUGGGCCACGAGCUAACGCACGGCUUCGACGACCAAGGGAGGCGGUACGACGAGAAUGGUAAUCUGCGGCAAUGGUGGAGCGACCAGACGCUGCGCCACUAUCAGGACAAAGUCGAGUGCAUUAUCAAGCAGUACAGCGGCUACCAUCUGCCCGAGCUCGGCAACAAUUUCACCGUGAACGGCAUCAACACCCAGGGUGAAAACAUCGCGGACAACGGGGGUAUACGAGAGGCUUACCGAGCGUAUCAGAAGCUCAAAUCAAGGAGCCCCAAUCAGCAGCUCUCCCUGCCCGGCCUCGUCGACUACACUCAGGACCAACUGUUCUUCCUCGGAUUCGCUCAGGUAUGGUGCGGUAACCAGACGUCGGGCGCUUUAAAGUCACAACUGGUUGAGGGUGUGCACGCUCCCAACCACUUCAGGGUGAUCGGCACUUUAUCCAACAAUGCUGAAUUCGCUGCUGCCUGGAAAUGUCCCACGGGAACUCCCAUGAAUCCCGAGCACAAGUGUAUUCUCUGGUGAUGCGUGCGAAUGAUAGAAUUGCCUUUAUGAAAGCUUACCUUACUUUUCUUUGAUGCGAGAUAGCAUACUCGUAGCCGACAGCCGUAUCUUUGAUUUUAUUUCUUAACUAUAUAAUUCUUAACGAUAGUUAUGUAUGCAAUGCAGCUCGUUGCAAUGCGCCGGAGCGAAACAAUGAAUGGAUCGACGCGCGCGAGUGCUGGCGUUAAUUUUUAAGAUCUCAAUUUGUUUUCUGCGAAAUAGACUGCCAAUGAAUUUGUAGAUAAGAUACUCAAAAAUUGUGUUGCGAAUUACAGGGCAAAAGUCGUAAUAAACCAUUAAUUUAAGUGGUCAACACAUUUUUCCUAGAUUUUGCAGAAUUACAAAUCGAGCCUCGGAACUUAGACUUCAUACUACUGUUUUACCCCAUUUACUGCGCACUAGCAUCUAAUGAAAAAAAACUUACGGAUUAUGCAAGUCAUUAGUUUAAAUAUUAGUUGAACUAUUGAAAUUUCGUGGUCUUGUUUGUUUGACGCAAGUAGAAAGAUGAGUACAUGUACUUAUUUAUACAUCAAUGUUACUUUGAAUUUGUAAUAGUACAUUACCUAACUAGCACGGGAAAAUAGAUUCUUGUCUCAUUCGAAAAGGCAGACGAGAAUCUUGUUGCCGAACAUGUUAGCUACGAUACUUUUCAAAACAACAUGUGGAAAGCGACAAUUUCCUUUCCGCGCGGCAUGUUGAGAAGAUAUGUUUUUAAAAUAUAGUUUUGAAGCCAAAUAAUAAAUCUCUUUCGCGUUUGAUUUUCGAUCAAGAUAUCGAAGAAGUAAAUACGAAUUAAUCGAAGAAGUGAUUAGAAUUUGUAAAUAUUAAUAGUUACGAUGAAAAACCGGUGAAUUGUCAAAGAUUAGCUUACGUAGAUGUUAGAACUUGACCAUGAUAACUGAAAUGCUCACAAGAUGAAUAUCAUUUUAUCCGACAAUGUUAAAUGACAAUCUACAGUAUUAAGUAAAGACAUUUUUCACUUUUUGAAUUACAAUGAUUUAAAGAUUUUUGUAUGUUUUUAACUCUUUUUUACUGCGCAUAUAUAGGCAAAAGUUAAUAAAUUGAA